AUGUCUUCCAAAAAACUUAGGGCAGAGAAAGAGCAAUCGUCGCCGUCACUUCCCGAAGACGUCAUCGUUGACAUCUUAGCGCGUGUACCAAGAUGCAACUAUCCAAAACUCUCCCUCGUUUCAAAACACUUCCGGUCUCUCGUUGCGUCCCGUGAGAUAUACGCGAGACGAUCCUUAUUGGGCUGCACCGAACACUGUCUCUACGCUGUCCUCUCUAACAAGGAUAGCUGUUAUCCCCAACUGUAUAUCCUCCGCCGGAAAGCCAACGGAGAUCAAGGCUUGUUCCUUAUCCCUCACUGCCCUCUAUGA